CCACAACACAAUGCGAUGGCCAUGGUCCUCAGAUCCCGAUGACAAAAGCAAGAGCCAAUAUGGAAAGCGGAAGGACAGCAGAAAUGUGACCGACUGGAGCUGGUACGACUGGGAACAUUACAAAGAUCCUAGGACAAUUGCCUCAACCAUCAUCCUUACCUCCACAUUGUUGUUCGCUGUACGCUUUCAACGCAAUUACAUACGUCGCAUCCCGACCGUCGCACAUAUUCGACCUGAGUUCUAUCGAAAACGAAGGUUAUUUGGGACAGUGACGAGUGUUGGCGAUGCAGAUAACUUCCAUCUUUUCCACACGCCGGGUGGACGGUUAGCAGGAUGGGGUUGGCUUCCGGGAAGGAAGGUACCUGUCAAGAAGAUCAAAUUGAGGGACAGAACAGUAAACAUCCUAAAUUAAGUUUGACGGGGUUUCUGGUGCUAAUAUUGACAGAUACGAACUCGAAUAGCGGGUAUUGACGCGCCCGAAGGGGCUCACUUUGGCAACUCUUCCCAACCACAUUCCAAGGAAGCACUUCAGUGGCUCCGGGAUUAUAUACUCAAUCGUCGAGUAAAAGCAUACAUUUACAGACGAGAUCAGUACGAUCGUGUGGUUGCUACGGUCUGGGUUCGGAAGGGCCUCACUUGCCGAUAUCAAGACGUUGGAUUAGAAAUGCUCAAGGCGGGUUAUGCAACAGUCUAUGAAGCUAACACGGGUGCCGAGUUUGGAGAAUUCGAGGAAAAAUACCGGCAGGCAGAGAAGGUCGCCAAAAGAAAGAAAGUGGGAAUGUGGGCAGGGGACCAGACGAAUUAUGAGAGCCCGCGAGAUUUCAAGACGAGGACUGCCAAACCAGUCCAAUAA